AUGUCUAUCCCAACUCUCCCCGCCCGCCUCAACCCCGCUCUCACCGGUCGCGACGCCAUAAUUGACGCGCUCUCCCGCUUCCUCAUAUCCCUGGAUACAGCGGACGAAGCCCUCUUCACUUCCUCCAUCGCCGAGACCGCAUCCCUAACCAUCAACGGCGACACCACCUCCGGCCUCGGGGACAUCCUCAAACUCCGCUUCUCGCUCAUCGGCGGCCUCGACACGACGCACCACGCCACGAACCUGCGCAUCAACAUCAGCGAAGAUGGCAAGACCGCACAGGCGGUGGGGACCCUGCUGAGCCAGCAUUAUCGGUCUGGCGAGGGGAUGGCGGGGCCCGGGAAGGAGUCGAUGCUGCUUGGGAACCUGAUUGGGGUUGAGUUUGUGAAGGAUGAGGAUGAGGGGGAGGGGGAGUUCUGGAGGAUUCAGAGUUUUGUGCUUCAGUCGAACUGGGCGGAGGGGGUUUGGGAUGUUCUCAAGGCUUAG